CAUUUUCAGUCUACGCAUCCAACCUCCAAACCAGCAAUAGAAAAUUCCAACAUUUUCGCCAAGAUUUCAUGGGAUUGAAGCUUUCCUGCAUCAGCUGCCGGCGACGCUCGUCGUCGCACCAGCCGGCGCCGGCGCCGGCCAGGGUCAUCACCGCCGACGGCUCACUCAAGGAGCUGGCCGUCUCUUCCGCCGUCGCCGACGUGCUCCGCGGCGAGGGCGAGGGCCGGUCCUUCUUCGUGUGCAACUCCGACGCGCUCUACUUCAACGAGCAGCCGCCGGCGCUGGCGCCGGGGGAGGCGCUCCGGCCGGGGCAGAUUUACUUCGUUCUCCCGGCGGCGAUGCUCGGGCAGCCGCUAUCCACCGCCGACAUGGCCGCGCUGGCGGUGCGCGCGAGCGCCGCGCUCGCGGCCGCGGCCGCCAAGGCGCCGCGACGCCGAGGGGUUCGCCGCGGCGGCGGCGACAGGAAGAGGAAGACGGUGCGCGUCACGCCGCUGCGGGACGAGCGGCUCGACGGCGGCGACGUCCUGCUCCACGAGAAGCUCAACGAGCGGACGCUGGGUGAGUUCCCGGCGUCGUGGAGCCCGCCGAAGAGCGGCGGCGAGAAGCUCGCCGCGGCGGCGCGUUCGCGGCUGAAGCGCGUGCUGAGCAUCAUCCAAGAGGACGCCGAGUGAAGAUAGAUGAAGAUUCAGCUUUUUGUCCCCCUUCUUUUUAGGGGAAACAAUUUUUUCGUAUUUUUUUUCAGAAGCUUAGAGCUUAACACAAGUUUAAAGCUUUAAUUAAUUUGUUCAAUACUAGACUAGAUUUAGAAGGGAAAAAAAUACCCGGGGAGAAGAGAUCCAUGCAUGAUCACCCCUUGUAAAUACUACUUCAAUCUGUAGAUACAAUCAUACAAACCUACAAGAAUAUAUAAAAGUUGAUUUUGUAUUUUUAUGUACA